AUGUCACUCUCUGGGAAAAGUAAAUCACCCGGAACCCUGGAUUCCGAAUUAAGUCAGAGCGAUUUGCUUAGUAUUUUGGCUCGCAUGCAGGGUGAACUAGAGGCAAGAGAAAUAGCUGUCGCAUCUUUAAAGUGCGAACAGAGAUAUCUUUUGUAUGCCGAUGCCGUAUGCAACCGUUAUUUCUUGGAUCGGGGCUUUUAUAUAGAUCCGAAUGACGCAAUACUUGCCCUGCAACGCGAUGCUACUCACGUGGAACCUUCGAAUGACGACUCUUUGGACGAUUCUGUCCCCAAGGAGAGAUCUCAAACUUCAAAAGACAAACCCAUCCCCUUGAAAAAAAUAGAAUUGCACGAGCUUAUUGAAGCCCAAAAGCGUGCUCAAGAGUUUUAUCGUGAACAACUGAGACUAGCUGAAGAGAAAUAUUUGGAGGCUCAUAACCGUCUUGAGGAAGAGCGCAAGAAACAUGAACGAGACACGGCCGAAGGUGAUGAUGUCGUUGCGAUGCUAGAAAAAGAGCGGGAAAGAUUACAAGCAGAGCUGGAACACGAAAGAUCGCAAAACCGUCGGCUUGAGAGGGAUCUCAAAAAGGCCAUGGAUAGCUGUGCCGAGCAAAAAACCCUCACACAGAGACAAAGACUCGCUGCGGCUAAUCUGAUCAAAGAAAGAUGUCGUCUCCUGCGGGAACUUUCUCAGAAACGCCAGGAAGUAGAGCGACUUGAGCGGGCCCUUAGUCUACGACCAUCUACCUCACCGAAGGCUUCAAGUCAGCUUGCUGAUGAUGAGCUCAAAAUUGCGUUUCUGCGUCCUUCACCUCAUAAAAUCUUGAAUCCAGAUGCUUACUAUACAGGUCAAUUCAGUUGGGUGGACUACUACUAUUCCUUCUGUUGGCAUUGCCGCCGCUUAUUUUGCUGGGAAGGGGACGCAUAA